CACCUCCUUCUCUGUCUUGUCCUGGGAACCUCCCAACCCUCAGACUCCUCCCGAAUUACGCGUCGCUAUGCCUCGCAAACCAAAGACCAUACCUGGCCCAUCGCGACUGUCUGGCAUUCUCGCGCAAUUGACGAAGGAGCCUCGUCCGUUCCUCCCCAAUCUGAAGAGCCUCCAGCUCACGUAUGCAUACCGGAAUGAUCAUUUUGGUGCUCGACAUUUCGUGAAGGAGGAACUUCCGCGGAUACGGUACGCGAAUCCGACAAUAGACAUCCGGGUCAACAAGGUGCCCAAGACGAAGGAUGAGACCUUGGUACCUGAGAUGGUCGUAGAACUUAAGAACGGCACGACUCGGACGCUCAACAUGGACGGCAAGUGGUCAUCGGCCAUUUACCACGAGCUCAUGGACCUCACCGCCGGUUCCUGGUGGCAACGAUGGAAGAACGAGCAAGCCGCCGCAGGCAUAUCUACGACACCCUACCCUCCACCACAAAAGAAGUCGGGUGCGGCCGCUGUCUUGCCAUGACAUCUCCCUUCCCUCCGUGCCCUAUGUCACUCCACUCCUCGCUCUGCAUACAUCUACAGACAAUGUAAUCUAUCCACUCCUAUUCAC